CUUAAGAUCCAGCCCAUUUCGAAUAAAGAAAAAAAUCCGGUCCACUCUUCCUACACUUUUUUUAUAAAUAAAUCUGGGCCUGAAAACCCUAAACGCAGCCUUCUCCUUCGCGUUCCCAGGGAAGCUCUCACUGCUUCUCGUCCCAGGUAAGGAAGAUGGCCGUCCCGUUGCUCAACAAGAAGAUUGUGAAGAAGCGUGUCAAGAAGUUCAAGAGGCCGCAGAGUGACAGAUAUGCCUGUCUGAAGGUUUGCCUCAUUUGAUUCCUCUUGUUUUGUUUGGCUAUUAAAUCACUGAUUCUCAUUAUCUGUUAUGAUUCUUUGCUGUAUCACUUUGAAAUUAGGGUUUCUAUUUUGAUGUUCUCUAUCUCUGCAGUCAUUUACAAAAUCAGUAAUUUAUUGUUGUACAAAAUGACUUAUUUCAUGUUUGUUGUAUUUGUUAAAGAAAGUGUGGAUGAAAUUUUAAUAUUUAGUAGAAAAGAAAACUGUGCUAAGGAGUUUUAUGCUCAGUUGGCAGACAUUUCCCCUGUUUGUUUUUCAGAUUGCUUUGCAUCACAAACUAUUUCUAUCUCCCUAUAAAUUGCAAAUCUAUGCAGCCAAAUGUACAACUUAUCAUCGUAUGGUGUAUAUGUGAAUCCAAAACGAGUUGUUACGUCAUAUAAUGUUCUAUUACGGAGCAGAGUGUAUUUAAAUGUGUCAUUCUUGUGGGAUUAUAAUUGGUUUAUGGUUGUAUUGGUGUAAUUGUAGUUAUGCUUAACAGUAACUAGGAGUACCAAGCAAUAACUAUCAAUCUUGAUUCAUGUUUUGUUAUGUUUUCACUUUGAAAGGAAAACUGGAGGAGGCCCAAGGGUAUUGAUUCUCGGGUGCGAAGAAAGUUCAAAGGAAGCACUCUCAUGCCAAACAUUGGCUACGGUUCCGACAAGAAGACCCGAUUUUUUCUGCCCAAUGGGUUCAAGAAGUUUGUUGUGCACAACGUUCAGGAUCUGGAACUUUUGAUGAUGCACAACAGGACUUACUGUGCUGAGAUAGCACACAAUGUCUCUACCAUGAAGAGGAAGGAAAUUGUUGAGCGUGCUGCACAGUUAGAUGUUGUGGUGACCAACAAAUUGGCGAGGCUUCGUAGCCAGGAAGACGAGUGAUCAGCUCUUAUGUUGCACUUUCAGUUAUUGUCAUGUUUUAUUUUUGGCUCUGCCUUUCUUAAUGACCCAAAUGCAUGUUUUUUUGGUUUUAAACAUUUCGUUCCCUUCUUAUAUAUGGCGUACUUUUAGGCACUUUGCCAGGCUUAUGUAUCACUAAGUUUGCUAUCUUCUGUUUUUUUAAGUACUCUAUUUGUUUGCUCACAUCUCGUGUUGCCUUUUUAGUUCACACUGCCUAAAAAAAUAUGCAGUCUAAUUUUUUUAAAAGGUUUUUAGGUAAACUGUAAGAACUACUUUUAAGAAAACUUGUGGUAGUAA